GGGAGCGGUCAGAGGGAGUCCAGGCACUGUGCAGGGUCUUGAAUGUCCCAUCCAAUUUUCUGGGUGGUCCAAUACAUCCCGUUUCGCCGAAACAGCAUCUCGUUGUCCCCAGGCCACGUCCUUUCCAAACUCAGUGCUUAAACUUGAACAUUAAGACAAUGGAAGACUUCAGACAAUCUCAAAGCUAAUUGAAUUGGAAAUUCUAACUUGGCACGUUGGUUUGUGGCUUCCUGGGUUGUCUAAUCCAUAAACCAACUCAGAGAAGAGGCUAUUUCUUUGCACUAGUGGCUUGUUUGACUGCAGGAUGGGUCGUCUCUCCUACCACGCCCAGGACGUGCUGACAGAGGUGUUUCCAGCUGUGCACAGGGACUGAUUGGCUGAGAGCCCACGCGGGAGAGCUUCAGACACCGUAACAGUGACUGGUGAGGGACUCUUGUGGUCUGAACUCCUGUUUCCAAAAGGCACCAGCGGGGGACCGCUGACAAGAGAAUGGGGGACGUGGAUUACAACGACUCCUACGAUGACUACCCUGAUGAGGUCAGCACCAUCAUGGUUCUGGAGGAUCUGUCCCACCCUGAAAGCAGGGCGGUCAGGAUCUUCCUGGUGGCGGUCUACAGCAUCGUCUGUUUCCUCGGGAUCGUGGGCAAUGGCUUAGUGAUCUUCAUGGCCACCUUCAAGAUGAAGAAGACGGUGAACACCGUCUGGUUCCUCAACCUUGCCGUGGCAGAUUUCCUGUUCAACAUCUUCCUCCCGACCCAUAUUGCCUAUACCGCCAUGGACUACCACUGGGUUUUUGGGACGGCCAUGUGCAAGAUGAGCAGCUUCCUGCUCGUCCACAACAUGUACACCAGCGUCUUCCUGUUGACCGUCAUCAGCUUCGACCGCUGCAUCUCUGUGCUCCUCCCUGUCUGGUCCCAGAACCACCGCAGCGUGCGGCUGUCCUACGUGGCCUGCGUGGUUAUCUGGGUCCUGGCUUUCUUCCUGAGCUCCCCAUCUCUCCUGUUCCGGGACACAGCCCAUCUGAACGGGAAGAUAUCCUGCUUCAACAAUUUCAGCCUGUCCAUGGCCAACUCUUCCCCGGGGUCCGCUAACCCUGGACUGGACUCGGUGGCGUUUGGCCGGCACAUGGGAGUGACCAUCACCCGCUUCCUCUGCGGCUUCCUGAUCCCGGUCCUCAUCAUCACAGCCUGUUAUUUCACCAUCGUCUGCAAGCUGCAACGCAACCGCUUGGCCAAAACCAAGAAGCCCUUCAAGAUCAUCAUGACCAUCAUCAUCACCUUCUUCUGCUGCUGGUGCCCCUACCACACGCUCUAUCUCCUGGAGCUCCACCACGCCGCCAUACCUGGGUCCGUCUUCAGCAUGGGUUUGCCCCUGGCCACUGCCAUCGCUACUGCCAACAGCUGCAUGAACCCCAUUCUGUAUGUCUUCAUGGGGCAGGACUUCAAGAAGUUCAAGGUGGCCUUCUUCUCCCGCCUGGUCAAUGCUCUGAGUGAAGACACGGGCCACUCCUCCUACCCCAGCCACAGGAGCUUUACCAAGAUGUCGUCAAUAAAUGAGAGGUCCUCGAUGAAUGGGAGGGAAACCAGCAUGCUCUGAGCCUCACCUGGGAGACCCCAGUGGACAGUCCCAACCUCGGAGCCCAAAGCUCUGCUUUCUCAAGACUAUGGCAGGAACCUCUUUGGUACCCACCAAUGCCCACUGUGUUUUGCACAGGACUGAACAAUGUUUUGAGCUGGGCAUCCAGGGCUCAGGACCCCUUUCUUUCAGGGGCAUGGUGGACAGGGUGUGUCAUGUGGUUCAGCCUUGGACCAGCAUCCCAUGCUUUUGGGGAGACCAUCCUUGACCGACACAAAGCCAAAAAAGGAGAAUUUAAAAAAAAUUGCCAUGAACUGGGAUCAACGUAAGACAGCGAGAUUACGCUCCCAGGAAUGCCACAAACACUCUAAAGCAGUGGUUCUCAACCUGUGGGUCGCGACCCCUUUGGGGGUCGAACGACCCUUUCACAGGGGUCGCCUAAG